GAGCAACUCUAUGCAUGCAACCGCUGCAUGCAAAGCUCAUCACCACGUGCCACCGCUUCCCCUUCCUAUUUAUACCCCCAUCCAUUCAUUUAUUCAUCUCAAACCACUAUAUUAUUUAGUAAUUAAUUAAUAGUAAUUAAUUAAAUAAUCCCCAUCAAAACUUACCUAAAUAUAUAAGUAAUAAUUAUAAUGGCAAUGGCGUCCGAGCGUUACGGGCAGCAGCAGCAGCAAGCUGACUACUACACUCAGCCGCAGCAGCAGUCACAGGCCUACGGCGCCGCCAAGGCGGCGACGGCGGCCACCGUCGGGGGAUCGCUCCUGCUGGUAUCCGGCCUGACGCUGGCGGUGACGGUGAUCGGGCUGGCAGUGGUGACGCCGCUUUUCGUCAUCUUCAGCCCCGUCCUGGUGCCAGCCGUGGCGGCGGCGUUCCUGGUGGCCAUCGGGUUCUUGUCGUCCGGCGGGUUCGCGCUGGCGGCAGCGAGCGUGCUGUCGUGGAUGUACCAGUACAUGACGGGGAAGAAGCCGCCGGGCGCGGCCCAGCUGGAGUACGCCAAGGGGAGGAUCGGAACCACCGCUCGCGAGGUGAAGGACAAGGCGGCGGAGAAGUUCGGGUCCCAGCAGCGGACUGCGGCGGCGUAGGUGGAGGGAGGAAAUAAUGGUUCAUUUUGAGAAUGCUGUUUGGUUUGAGAGUUAGUAGGAAAAGAGGGCUUAGAUUUAUUUCUGGGCCUUUUAAAUGGUCUGUUGUUGGAUGGGUGUUGUUAAUUUGUAGCUGGUUUGGUUUGGGUCUGUAUCUGGGUUCGUUUGUGUAAAAUUUUAAUUCCAUGCUUUACUCGAAAUAAAAGGUGUUAUUGAUA